CCCGGACGUCUAAUUGCCAUAAAAAAGGCGCGCAAGUUGGCCGGCGUGCACGUUUUGUACCAGCGAGUAUCGGCGGUCCUGUGCCGCAUCGAGGAGGUUGAGAAGGGCGGGAGGGAGCAUCGCUGCCUCGCUCAUCAUCAUCAUCAUCACCAUCAUCAUCAUCAUCAUCACACGGACUAUAUCCAGCUUUGUCAACCCAGCCGGAGACAACAUUUUGGAAUACAACAAGGCGGGCUUGUGGUCACACCUGGCCCGCCAGCACCGCGAGGGACCCGUGCAGCCUGCAUCCCUGCAUCCCAGACCGGAGAGGCCGCGUGACAUCGGCAGAGGCGGCGGCAUCUCAACGACUUAAAAACGGAAAAUAAAAAGUCUCCGGAGAUUUCUGCGGCUGAUAGUGGCAACACACUUCCUCGCAACACCUCGUGUAUCACAGUUAAUGGACGACGUGUCGACAGAAGCUGGAGAAGAUACAGCUGGCACACUUUAAAGAAUCGUUAGGGGGAGAAGAGCGCUGAUGGCACUGAAAAAAAGGGUCGAGGUCACAGGAGUCCACAUCACUGCAGCAAUUUGAGGCUUGAAGAGAUCAGAUCAAGAAAAAAUCCAAGGUCACCACAAUGGCAUCUUAUCGUUUUGCUAAUUUGCGGGCCCGACUCCGAUUGCUUUUCCUUUUCUUGGCACUGUGUGUUGGCUCUCAGGAGUUCACUGCAGCCACAAUACAAGGCUACAUUGGAGAAAUAGACACAAUAUGUCCAUCUGUAUGUAGAUGUGAUGAAGACUUUAUCUACUGUAAUGAUCGUGGCCUGAGCGCUAUCCCCUCACUGCCUGCUUCCGCAUCCGUCCUCUAUCUUCAAAACAACCAGAUAAACAACCCGGGCCUUCCCACUUCCUUGGAGCGCCAGCUUACCGUACGCGUCAUCUACCUUUAUGAUAAUGAACUCGAUGAAUUCCCAGUGCACUUGCCACCAUCGGUCCGCGAGUUACAUUUACAAGACAACAACAUCCGCACUAUUCCACGUAGCGCUCUUGCGAGAAUGCCGCUACUAGAAAAGCUCCACUUGGACGACAAUUCUAUUUCCACUGUCAGCAUUGAGGAUCAGGCUUUUGCAGACAAUCCUCGGUUGCGCCUACUUUUCCUUUCCCGCAACCACCUGUCCAGUAUCCCCUCAGGAUUGCCUGCCUCUCUGGAAGAACUCCGUCUAGAUGACAACCGAAUCUCCACUAUCCCUACACAUGCCUUCCGUGGCCUCUCCUCACUUCGAUGUCUUGUCCUGGACGGGAAUCUGUUGGCAAACCAACGCAUUGCUGAUGACACAUUCUCACGUCUCUCCAACUUGACAGAGUUGUCUUUAGUUCGUAACGCCCUUCAGACGCCUCCUGUCAACCUUCCCAGUGCCCACCUCCAGCGUUUGUCUCUGCAAGAGAACGCUCUGAUUCACAUGCCCCGAGGUUCUUUGGAUGGCAUGCACAGACUUCAGAGGCUGGACCUUUCUGGAAAUAACCUGACCACCCUGCCACGAGGAUUGUUCAAAGACCUGGAUAAUUUAGGUCAGCUCCUGGUACGAGGUAAUCCUUGGCACUGUGGCUGUAAUCUGCGCUGGUUGUAUGAUUGGUUACAGACCCGUGGUAACUCAAUCACUGUUAGAGGUCUCACCUGCCGUGGGCCAGACAGGGUAAGAGACAUGGCCUUGAAAGACCUCACAAGUGAGAUGGAGGAAUGUGAGUUGGUGAAGACAGCUGGGACUAAAGACAGAGCAGGUGUUGGAGGAUCGGAUAGUUCUACCACUAACACACCUCCCCAAGGAUCACUCUUCACUCUGCGCUCUAAGCGACCUGGUCUUGGACUGCCUGACUCCGGCUUGGACUACACUCUUAGCAGCAGUGGUGUGGGGAAGAGUCUGGCUCUAAAUGUUAAGCCUCUCUCACACAGCAGUGUUCGUGUCACCUGGAGUGUUGCAAAACCAACCUCUUCCUUCAGGCUCAGUUGGCUCCGACUGGGUACAGGUAACACCAUGGGCUCAAUCACAGAGACCCUGGUACGGGGUGAUCGUCGAGAAUAUCUGCUUACCUCUUUGCAACCACGUUCUAGCUACAUCAUCUGUAUGGUGCCCAUGCCUGCCAGCUCAGAGAGCAAAGGGGGGAUUUCAGGAGAAUCUGACGCUGACGAAGCUCUUGUGUGUGCAAAAGCUGAAACUUCUGAUCCCAGCCCAUUAGAGGAAGAGGAAGCUGGUGAUUCGCGGCAUGUGACAGUGCUGCCCUUGGCAGGGAUUAUUGGUGGCGCCACUGCAAUUGUAUCAUUAGCACUUAUAUUUGCCAUCAUCUGUUGGUAUGGACAUAAGAGUGGGCACUUGUGUUCCCGAGACCAUUACACUCGCAACACCUCCCGCAAAAGCAAGAAUCAUGAUGACUACAUAGAGUCAGGCACAAAGAAAGACAAUACCAUCCUAGAGAUCCGUGGACCGGGCUUUCAGAUGACACCAAUGGCUGCUUGCCAGCCGAUGCAACCUAAACCACUACAAGAGGAUUACAUUAUUCACACCAUAUUCCCAUCUAAUGGCACUGGCAUGUACAAAGGUGCCAACCAUAUUUCAAAUGCAAGGCAAAGCACCAACAGAGGUUAUAGAGAAGGGGGGAUCCCAGAUAUAGACUACUGUUACACAUGAUGUACUGUACCAGAUCUUCAUCACAGAAUCAUUGGUAAACUGUAUAGAUGCACAAUUUCCCUUCGCAUGGACAUUUCUGAAGCACCCUUCUGUGCCUUCGACUUCUGGUCUCCCAUUCCAUAAUUCCUGUGAUUUUCUGCACUGAAAGUACAGUAUGUGAUUAUCUGGACCUAAAACUGUGGGGGGACUGAAAAAAAUUCACGUCAGGAAAAAGUAGACACCUAUGUGUGUCAAAACACAGCGGACCGUUUAUUUACCACCUUAGUAAUGGCCUAUGUGUGUUUUACUCUCUGCUCCCUCUCUAACAUGUAAGCAAAGAAUGUAUACUCUGUGGAAAGAAGCAAGUGGAGUUCUUUUUUCUCAAAAAAGGAUAAUGACAUUUUGGUGAAGACAUUUUAGGUUCUCCCUCUCAUUAGUUACAGUAGGAAAUCUGUUUCAGAUGCCUCAAUUUUAUCGUUGUGCCCUACCAGCUAUCCGAGGAAAGGGCUUGUAAAGCUGUGAAUUGUUCAAAUUCAAAAAACAAAAGAACCACUUGUCUUAAAGUAAGCUUAUUACCUUAUUCCGUUUUUUUUUUGGCAGAUUGAAGAUCUUUUUGUGGCUGCUCAGCAUUGGUCAUACCUCAGAUUUUUCACCAUUUUUGUGUUGCACUGAUGGGAUGUAACACUAGUGUAUAGAAAAUUAAAAUUGGCACCAACUGGUUUGCUGUUGUUAUCUGUGAUUAGAUCUCACUUCAUCCUGCAAAGCCCUUUUUUUGUAUUUAAUUAGUGUUCUUUGUAUAUGUUUUAUUUGUCUGUGCUAAAAAUUGUUCACUUCCAUAUUUACCAUUAUUGAUGACAAACGACUUUAUAUUGAUCAGUGAAUGGUGUUUUCCGUAUAGAAAUCCAGGUAUUUAUAUACUACACAUGUUCUUUAAAAACAAACUCUACCCUAAGUUUAUGUGUUCUUGACUCAUUGAAACUCAAGGCAUCAAUUAUUUAUGUGUGGUGCAACUCAAGGCAUUAAUUAGUUCUGUGUUUCCAUUACUUUUUGACAAAAUGAGCAAAAUACUAAUUUGGAGCCUACUGUACGAGACAGAAUGAGGUACAAGGCCCGCAGUGUCGGUAAGUCCAGUAGUGACGGACUGCUGAGGUCGUUAAAUAUAGGUUGACACUGAUUCGAUGAGGGGAGGUUUAUUGGUGUUUGUUUUUGCGAUGGUAAAAGACCUCCACUCCUCCAACUUCCAACAUUUUAUUACCUAGCGGCACUGAAAAUGUAUUAGCACUUAGCAGAGAAGAGGAGUAAAUCUAAUGAGAGGCACAACAGAGGGUAAAGUUACAUCUCCGUGCACUGACAAACAUGCAGAAUUGAUAGCAUUGUCACCGUGCAUUGAUGUGUUUGUUAUUCACAACUUUACCCCUUGGGCUUAAUGUGGUUUGCUGUCGUGUUGCUUCCAAAGAGGAAACCAAUUGUGCUUCCUUGACGGUUUUGUCUGCCAAAAGUUUUAGUCAUCUCCGACAACAUGUCAGUAUUAUUGCACCCAGAAAAUCCCUCGCGGGCUAAUUCUGUUUAAUUGGUAUUGUGAUAUCACUAUCUUGCAGAUAUAAUACAAAUUCUAUAUACACAUGCAUACUAAUCAAUGAUCGAUUUAGUGUUGUGCAGAAUUUAUGUUGCUUGAAUCUGUGUUAGCCCUGCAAUGUGAUAGGAACUUGUCCAGGGUGUACACUGCCUUCCGUCCAAGUGGAGCUGUGAUUGGCUGCAGCACCCCAGAGACCCCGAAAGGGACAAGUUUUAGAAACAUGGAUGGCUGGAUGGAUGAAUCCCAACUGAGGCAUCACUCUGCUGCAACCAGCAGGGGUGCUGUUAAUUCAGUGUCAACUACAGUAGAAUUGCGGUCUAAAAUCAUCUACACAACUCCUAAAGGCAGCAUUAUUUUGCUCGAAAGCUUUAGAACAUUAAUUCUACUAUCCCCUUAAAAAUAUUACAAAAUCACAUUUUUUAACCUUUCCUAUAGUUUAAACCAACACUUUUAGUUGAAUGCCCAUCUUUAUAGUACAAUCUCAUUUGAAUCAAACAGAUUAAUAUUUACCUGUGAAAUAAUAGAAGGUAAAAGGUGCCAUACAUUUUUGUGUACAAUGUCUAUGUGAAAUUCAGAUUUGUGUGACAUUUGCUCGAUAACUCAAUCACCAGA